AUGAGCGGAGAAGACUUUGCUAACAGGAGUGUUCUUGUGGAAGGCUUUCCUCCACCGAAAACUGUCGAAGAGGCGGAAGUCAUUAUUGACAAACUCACCAUACAUUUUCAAAAGAGUUCCGUGUCUGGUGGCAGUGAGGUGCUGAGAAAGCUUCAAGGUCACCUUGCACCUCCCUGCAGUUUCCUAACCAAGACAAACCUUGCCAGCUGCAAGUAUCUCGGUUCCCAGCUUCCCACCAAGAACAGGGAAAAUCUGAACACAACCAACACACGCUGCAAAUCAACCGAUGCAACCUCCAACUGGCGCAGCUGCACGUGCAAAUCCAUCGAUGCAACCUCCACAGGGAGCAGGGGCACGUGCACAUCCAUCGAUGCAACCUCCACAGGGCGCAGCGGCACGUGUACAUCCAUCGAUGCAACCUCCACAGGGCGCAGCGGCACGUGCACAUCCAUCGAUGCAACCUCCUACGGGAGCAGCGGGACGUGCACAUCCAUCGAUGCAACCUCCACAGGGCGCAGCGGCACAUGUACAUCCAUCGAUGCAACCUCCACAGGUCGCAGCGGGACGUGCACGUCCAUCGAUGCAACCUCCACAGGGCGCAGCGGCACGUACACAACCAUCGAUGCAACCGUUUCCAAUGGGACAGCACGGCAACGACAGCCAGCAAAAGGACACAAGACUAGGAAAAGGUCGGCUACGGGUGUCGGUUCGUCCGACCAGGAGACAGCUGCAGCUGAGAAGCGACGAAAGAAACAUCCUGUCACAAAGCAAGAAGCAAAACGGUCAAGACGGCAGACGAACAUAACUGAACGUGUCCUGAAUCAGCCAUACAAAAUCCAGGACAGCAAAGAAGACAUUCAUCGUUUCUACACGAACCUAGAAUCGACAGUCACAGAUGCCGAAGCUGAAGAACCACCUCAGCUGAUCUCAAAAGAAAAAGAGGACGAUAAAAUUGCGAUUGAAGUGACCGGGCUGCCACGAGGCGAAUUGGAGAAGAGGCGAGGCGUCCUUCAUUACUACUUCGAGAACACAAAGCAAUCGGGUGGUGGGGCAAUCUCCCAGUUCGAUAUUGACUUCGAGAAGGAACGCAUCAAAAUCGUUUUCAAAGACAAGGAAGCCCCAGCACGAGUAAUGCAAAAGUCAGCUCAUGAGGUUGCAAGAAAGAAGCUGAAAAUCCGUUUGGUCAAGCCUCGCCGAAAACAACCGGUAGAUCCGACUCGGAUACUUCUGAAAGGCGUCGCUGACCAUGUCGAUGAAGAGGGCUUGUUUCUGUACCUUGAGUCAAUGAGUAAGGGCGUGGAUGAACCGUCUGAAGUUUUCUAUGGCAAAGAAGCUGGGACCAUCAUGAUAGUUUUCACGGAGCCAAUUUCAGAUCAUGACACACUCUUGUCAAGAUGUGAGGAAACUGAGUUAGAAGGACAGAAGAUAUCUGCCGAGAAAGUGCACAACACGGACUGCAUCCAAGUGACGGGACUCCCUCCCCAAACGUCUAACGACAAACUGCUAUACUACUUCGAGAAUGCCAAACGAAGCGGGGGAGGUCCUGUGGCAGACGUCCAACUGGACAAAGACCGCGGCAGUGCCCUAGUAUUUUUCGAUGACCAUACAGUAAUAGAACGCGUCCUGAAACAAAGCCACGCCAUACAGAAGACCAAAGUGACUGUGGAACCAUUUUACAUCUGCCUUGGCGCAACAAUUGCCGAUGCAAAAACACCACCUCAGCUGGUGCCCCUUCCAAUCACCGAGAACGUUACUCCUCCCAUUGCUUCAUUCGUGAUGAAUCAUGAACGGUUUAAGAAGGAUCUGGACGAUACCAUGGAAGAGGCCAAUGCAUCCAUCUCUUGGCCAGUUGGAAGCGAUCAGGCCAGUAUUGAGAUCACCCCAACUCUGACGAAGGAAACACUAAACCUGGCAAGCAUCGCCGAGAACUGGGCUCCCAACGCAAGGGAAGGACUGAAGAGUUUCCUGGCACGGUUUGAUACCAAGAAGAUUGCUGAUGUCAUGCAAGCAUCGUGGCCAGAGGUCUGCAAACUCGCUGUUGAUGGUACCCUCAACGAUGAUGAUACCAUCAGCGUACUCAGUACCAGUGAGAGAAAGAUCACCUUCACCGGUCUGAAAGGUAGCGUGGCGAAGCAUUACAAAAGUGUCAUGGAAGGGAAGGAAGAAAUAGAAGAGGAAAUCAAAAGAAAACAGUCAGAAGUGGAUGAGACCGUUACCACACUAAAGCCCUACCAAGUCAGGCUGUUAGCCAUGUCUGAUUUCAAAGACAGAAUGAUAAGCAAGUUCCCCAAGCUGCAGAUGUCAUUUGACACGGAUAUAAGGAAGGUCAAGUUUCAUGGUUUACUGGACGAGAUCCAAAAAACAAAAAAGCAGAUGUACGAAACAGUGGAAGGAGCAAUGUCAAAGCCUAUCAAACUGUCUCCUACUCUGAUUUCCUUCUUUACAAGUGCGAAGGAACCAGAGCAGCAUCUUCUUUGUGAGUACAGACAAGACAGAGUGGUAGCCGUGAUCACGACAACUGCAGGUGAGGUUGAAGUCUGCGGUUUAACGGGUAAUGACGUGAGGAAAGCAGUCUCAAUCCUAAAGAAGACAUUCCAAGAACAACGCCUUUAUAUCUCCGACGAGUCUACCUCUGUACUAGAUACUGAGGAAUGGAAGACGACAAAGACGGAUCUGGAACAAAGUGCGCAGGGUUUGUUGAAGAUAUCAGUGGUGAGCAGUGCAGACCCUGGUGCAACUACAAUCUUGUUCACCGGUAAAUCUGCAUUUGUCAAAGACAUGAAGGAUAAGGUUGACAAGUACCUUAAAGUCAAGACAGUUUAUAAGAAGCAGGUAGGAGCCGACGAUGGAGUAAUCCGCUUCAUCAAAGAGCAUCAGAAGUCCAACCUUCAACUCCAACUGGAGGAAUACAAAGUGUCCGUCUGGUUUGAAGGAACUGAGGAAAGUCCCAUGAUGUUCAUAAAAGGAAACACUGAAGGCAUCCAACGAGCUGACUCUGUCCUAAAAGUUUACAUCGACAGUGUCAUCAGCGACCAGAUGUCCAUCAAGAAGCCUGGGAUGUCCAAGCACUUCAAGAAAGACGGCGGAUCAAAACUGCCGCUAGUGGAGAAGAAGUGUAAGUGCGUUAUUGACAUUCAGGAUGCCACGAAGAAAACGCCAGCACCAGAUCCAGACACGUUUGCCAAACAGUUUAUGCCGAAGUCCCCCAUCAUUGUCCCCCAGAAUAAGGCAGUAGUCAAUCUUGACGGUGGAAAGAAACUUGUCGUCUGGAGGGACGACAUCACAAAACACAAGGCAGACGUCAUCGUCAAUGCCGCAAAUGUAAGGCUGGAACAUGUCGGAGGGCUGGCAAAGGCAAUAGUUGACGCCGGUGGUGACAUCAUUCAAAAGUUUUGCAACGACUACAUUCAAGCGAACGGUAAACUGAUUCCUGGACAAGUGGUCUCCUCACCACCUGGGCGUAUUAAUACUUGUCAGAGGAUUCUGCAUGCAGUUGGGCCGAUAUGGAAUGGGGGUGGUCUUGGAGAGGAGGGUCACCUUGCUGAUGCUGUGUACGGAAGCCUCGAAGAAGCAGCUAAAAGCAACUUUCGGUCAAUCGCCAUUCCGGCGAUCAGCUCUGGAAUCUACGGAUAUCCCCUCAAAAAGUGUGCUGAAAUAAUUGUGGCUAAGACGGUCGAAUACCUUGAGGAUAACCCAACCACAAGCCUACAAGUAAUCAAGUUCGUCAAUAUUGUCGACCAGACAGCAGAGGCAUUUGUCGAUGCAUUAGUUUCGGAAUUUGGAGUGGAAAAGGUUGAGAAGAGUGACGACAAAGUUGAUCAAGGAACCACCACCCCUCCCCAGAAAGCUCGGCCAAACAGGCGUCGCACCAGGCGUGGACCGCGACUGGCAAGUCCCUCUACAACAACGUUCACACCGCCUCCGAAGCCUAGAGAUCCCGUAGCUGAUGUUGGCUUUCGUACAACAGAGGGGAAGGCCAUCAUUGCCAUCCAAGCCAACAUUGCUAGUCAAAAUGUCGACGUUUUGGUGAACACUACCGCUGGCAACCUGAACCUGAACACAGGCGCGGUGUCAAGAGCCAUCCUCCAGCUAGCUGGCAACGAUCUGCAAACUCUGGUCAACAGAGCCAUGCAGCAAGCGAGGAUUACAUCUCUGCCUGAUGGUCAGAUCCUUGUCACUGAUUCAGCAGAUCUACUGUGCAAGCAGGUGAUCCACUGUGUCUUGUGCAGCUGGGACGGCGGACAAGGGAACUCUGAAAAGGUUCUUCGCAAAAUUGUCCAGCAGUGUCUGCAACAAGCUGAGAAGGGUAACUACGCGUCCAUCGCGAUUCCAGCGAUGGGCACCGGAGGACUUCACUUCCCGCAUGAUGUCGUGGCAGAGGCCAUGUUUGACGAGGCUGUGGAACACUGUAGGAAGAAUCCCUCUGGUUCUCUACGUGAAAUUCGCUUCAUUGUGUGGGAAGAAGACCCGAAAUCUAUUCCGGCUUUCAACGAAGUUAUGAUGAAGUACAAGGCUCUGCACACUGACGAUGCACCCCAACCAACUCCGACCCCAGAGCCUAUCCUCCAAGCUGAGGCAGCAUCUUCAUCUCCAGCCGUGCGGCCGGGACGCGGUCAACGAGGUCGCCGGGACCGUGGAAUGUCGACGUUGUUUUCCGAAAUAUCUACUCCGGUACGCGGAGAACUGCAAAUGUUUAUCGGAGACCUAACACUGAACAUCCGCAAAGGAGAUCUCACCAAGGAGACCACUGACUGCAUUGUCAACAGCACGAACGAACAACUCGACCUGACUCGAGCUGCUCGUGGUGGUAUGCGAGACGGCAUCGCAGUCACGGGAUCUGGCCAGCUGAAAUGUGGGAAGAUUAUUCACGCAGCUGCACCAGCACCUGGCCAGAGUACAGGCUGGAAGAAAGUGAUCACCAACUGCUUACAGACUGCAGACACGCUCAGACUUAGGUCCAUUGCAUUUCCAGCUCUGGGAACAGGUACUCUGCAAGGAAGUGCGGAAAGUACGGCAACCACUAUGCUCGACGCCCUGCAAGACUUUGUCCUCCAGAACAAAGCAACCAGACUCAACGAGGUUCGCAUCACCAUAUUCCAACAAGAGAUGGUGCGUGCUUUCCACGAAGAAAUGCAGAAAAAGGUUGGACAGCCUCUACCCGAGAAAGUAGCAAAGCCGUCCGGAAUCCUUGGAAGUAUCGGGAGGCUUGCUUCUGCAGGAUUGAGCUAUCUCACUGGAGGUCAGUCAAGUACCGCCGACAACAAACCCAUCCCGUCAGCCGAUGACGUCGUCGUAAUCGUUAUCUACGCCGACAGUGACGACAAUCUGUUUAAAGCAAAGACCAUGAUAAACAAGAUUAUGGACGACGCGUCUAAAGAUGAGAGGAUCCACGUCAGGAUCAAAUUGACGGAGGAGCAGAAGGACCACGUCGCGCGCAUUGUUCAGCGUCACGAUUGUUCUGCUACCAUUACGAGAAGCAACAUCCGCUUGCAAGGUCGAGAGAUUGACGUGCUGGCAGCUUCUCAAGAGAUCAAUAACUUUCAACGUGAUGUCGAGAUGAAGACCAAAGAAGAGAAACAUCUCAGCGAGAAGGCAGAACUUCUCCUGAAGACCGUACAGUGGUACUACAUUGACGACAACGAAGAUAAGCAGCCUUACGAGGCUAAGGUCAACUACAUAAUAGAGACUGCCCACUUGGCCAAUGAAACUGGCGUUGAUUUUCAAUCCGAGGGUGAAAAUCUACACAUUGACUUCAUGGCAAUGAAAGAAAUCGUGGUUGGAGACUCAACAGAAGCUGCAAUGGGCGUGGUUCGAUAUGAAAUAGAGAAAGAAGGAACAAUGAAGGUACCAGAAACCUGGACUGAUAUGGCGGACAACAACCAUUUCAAAGAAGUCGAGCUGCAGCCAACAUCAGAUGAGUACAAGAAAGUACGCGACGAGUUCAUGAAGAGUAUUGCCACAGACGCCCUGCAGUAUUCUGCAAUAACAACAGCAAAUGUGCUGAAGAUACAACGUAUACAGAACGUUCCCCUGUGGCACCAGUACAUGGUGAGAAAGAAGAAAAUGGAACUUGACAACGCUAAGAGUCCACAGCCUGUCGAGCGGAUCCUGUACCACGGCACUCCUGUUCAUCCUAUACCGAGCAUCAACAAUACCGGGUUCAACCGUAGCUACAGUGGCCGUAAUGUCGCUGCAAUGUAUGGGAAUGGCGUGUACUUUGCAGUGACAGCAAGUCUCUCCGGAGCUGACCAGUACUCAAGACCAGAUCCAAACGGUCACAGGCACAUUUACAUGGCUCGUGUUCUGUCAGGGGAUAUGUGCGAGGGGCAAAGGAAGAUCAUCGUUCCCCCAGCAAAAGACCCUAACAAGCCGCACAUCACGUACGACAGUGUUUGCGACAAUCUUGCAACUCCACAAAUCAUUGUCAUAUUCUCUGACACACAGGCAUAUCCCGAGUAUCUAAUUACCUUCACUAAAUAAGAAGCGCUUGCUGUGGCAGGGCAAGUUGUGACAU